AUGAAAAAUGGAGGCAUUUUGUUGACAUUACAAUAAUUGAAGGAUAAAAUGUUUUUCAUAUGCUGAAAUAUUAUCAAUUAACCUGUGACGUGAUCUGCAAGUUUAUCAAAGGAAGGUGAACUAGUCUGGCUGAGAACAACUCAAGCCCCGGCGUAAAUAGACCCAGUGCAAUUAACCUGUGACGUGUUUACGUUUUACAAGUGACAGAAGGACUGAGGACUUGGGAAAAAAAGGAUUGAUUAAUUUCGCGAUUCGUAAGGAGAAUGGGAAAUAUUUUGGAAGUAUGCACAUCGUGCUGCAAGGAUCAGUCGACCUACGAGGACCUCACACCCGAUCCAGAAACCAGAAGACAGCAACAAGUAGCAGCAGCUGAGAAGAGAGCUCAGGAGCAGGAAAGACGAGGAAUCGGCGAUAUAAAUGCAGUGAAACGUCAACAAGAACAAACUGAUAGGCGAGAGAAACUCGAAAGUGAGAUAUCAAAUGUGGACACGGAAACUGGGCUAAAGUGGCAAGUGAAUUGAAGUACACCGUCGUCAACAUCAAGUAUAUAUCGCCGCACGCAACGCGAAGCUGUGUAAGUAAAAGUGUAUAGUGAGCACAUGAAAUAAAAAAAUUUUGAACAAAUGUGCGAAGACACGAUGAAUCGAAACCAUCAGAAUUGUAAUUGUAAAAAAAUACUCCAGCGACGUGUGAAAUUAAGGAUACGUAAAUGUUUAAUCAACAAACUGUUAAUCCUCCUGAUUCUAUAAAUUACUGAAUAUUUUAUCCAAUAGUAAUAACAGAGUUAGAUCGAUUCAUUGCUGUUUAUUUGAUUAAUAAUUGAACAAAAUAUUCCGAACAACUCUUUCUCAAAAUUAUCUUCAAGUGUUAUUCACCGUUGAUUUAUUAUUCUGCAGCAUUUUUAUAUGAUAAUCACACAAUUAAAAUAAUCAAAUGACAAAUUUAAUAGAUAUUUUUAUCGUUGAUAAAUACCUGGGGUCACAUUAUAAAUUAUAUUUUCUGUUGAUAAUAUUUUUCAUAGUAGAAUGCAUCACAAAUAAUUCUGUUGGCCAGAGUCAGACAUCAAUGCCGAUGUUGUAUUCGAUUUCUUCACCUGUUGUUUCAGUUGUUGUUUCCUCAAAAUGAGUAAAAUGAGUAAAUCAUGUAUAUUAAAAUAAUAUAUUCUCUAAUGCAUUUUAA